UAUGUUGUUUGGUUGGUAGUAGUAACGAAUGGUAACACUGAAGUCGUUUAGGUAAAUAAUGGCGGACGAAAAAGAUGUGGUCGAAAAAACUAUUGCCGAAGACUUGGUGGUUACCAAGUAUAAAAUGGCUGGAGAGAUUGUUAAUAGAGUUUUAAAACAAGUUAUAGAUAAGUGUCUACCGGGUACUUCUGUGAGGGAGAUUUGCGAGUACGGAGACACACUUCUUAUAGACGAAACUAGUAAGGUUUUCAAAAAAGAAAAGGAAUUAAAAAAGGGUAUUGCUUUCCCAACUAGUGUGUCUGUAAACAACUGUAUUUGCCAUUUCUCUCCUGUACCAAGUGAAAUAGAUUAUAUUCUCAAAGAAAACGAUGUUGCUAAAGUUGACUUGGGAGCACAUAUCGAUGGUUUUAUAGCAGUAGUUGCCCACACUAUAGUAGUUGGUUCAUCUGGUAAUAAGAUUACCGGGAGAAAGGCUGACGCAAUUCUAGCAGCACAUUAUGCUUCCCAAGCUGCUCUCAGACUUUUGAAACCUGGAAAUGAAACUUACGCUAUUACAGAUGCUGUUCAAAAAGUUGCCGAAUCCUUCAAAUGUAAACCAGUUGAAGGUAUGUUGAGCCACCAACUAAAGCAAUUUAAAAUUGACGGUGAAAAAACAAUAAUACAGAAUCCUAAUGAUGCCCAAAAAAAGGAACACGAAAAAUUUGAAUUAGAUAAACAUGAAGUUUAUGCAAUGGACGUUUUAAUAAGUACAGGUGAAGGUGUGGGCAAAGAAACUGAUACCAGAGUAUCUAUAUACAAAAAAACAGAUGAAAUCUACCAACUGAAAUUGAAAGCUUCGAGGAUGUUUUACACGGAAGUUAGAGCGAAAUAUGGAAACAUGCCGUUCAACUUGAGGAAUUUCCAGGAUGAGACUAAAGCAAAAAUGGGAGUUGUUGAAUGCGUUAAGAACAAAUUGAUAGAACCUUUUCAGGUUUUAUACGAAAAACCAGGUGAAAUUGUAGCGCAUUUUAAGUUCACUGUACUUUUAAUGCCUAAUGGACCACACAAAAUAACAGGUCUACCAGUCGAGACAGAUUUAUAUCAGUCCGAACAUUCUGUCGUCGAUCCCGAAUUGAAAUCCAUCCUAAACAGUUCCGCCAAUCCUAAAUCUGCGAAAAAGAAAAAGAAGAAGUCUGAAAGUUCAACAGAUCCUCAACCGAUGGAAGUAGAAGCAGCUGCUUAAAACAACGUAAAUAAAUGAAUUUCAGAUUUUUAUAAAUGCUUUUUCAUUUCUUCACACCGAAGUAUGAUUAUUUCGGUUUUACAGAAAUCAAAGGCUUGUAUGUUUAUUCUUCAACCAUCUGGUAAUUUUUAUUUUCUCACUAACAUUAUUUACUUUUCAAUAUUUUAGAUGACUAAAUAUAACAAUUUUUUUUGUAUCUGUAUAUAGUUUUUCAUGUGAUUAUAAUUUUUAUAGACGAAGUCUUUGGUUUCUGGCAAUCAAUUUUGAUAUUCUGGACUUUUCUAACAGAAAUUUGACUAAAGUUGAGGGGCGGAUUAUGAUAUUUGUUACGUUUUUAAUGAUAGUUGAAUUGGAUACAAGAAUAGUUGUUUUUUUAUAUCAUAUCCACGGUUUCAAUUCAAUCGACAGUAAAAUUAAAGAUGCAGGAUGAAAAAUCGUAAUACUCCCUUCUUUCUAUAUAGUACUUGGUAACAAAAUUUUGACGUUAUCUAAAUUUGUAUAACUGUAAUUUCUUUUACUCAACAUUGUUUUACUAAUCUUUGCAUUAUGUAUACAAUUCUUUUUUAUUUUCUAAUGAAAAUAGGUGAAUAAAAUCAUGUUAACAUGUACGACACAUUGUAAUGAAUUUUAGAAGCCGUAAAAAACGGCGAAAAUAAAUCAUUGGUAUUUUGAAAUAAA